AUGGACGUCCCAGCUCCGAAAAUGUAUAGGCUUGUAAUCAUUUUGGCACUGCCCCUGUGUGCAUCAUGCCUUGACAAUGGCCUCAUGUUGACUCCACCCAUGGGCUGGUUGGCUUGGGAACGGUUUCGCUGUGACAUAGACUGCGAGAAUGAUCCAAAUAACUGCAUCAGUGAGAAACUCUUUAUGGACAUGGCAGACAGACUCUCAGAAGACGGCUGGAGGGACCUGGGAUAUGUUUAUGUUAAUAUCGAUGAUUGCUGGUCUUCAAAGCAGAGAGACAAAGAUGGCCGACUUCAGGCUGAUCCGAAAAGGUUUCCAGGAGGUAUUAAAAAGUUGGCCCAGUAUUUGCACGAAAGAGGCCUAAAGUUGGGGAUCUAUGGAGACAUGGGGACUUACACCUGUGGAGGAUAUCCCGGCAGCCCGCUGGACAAGAUUGAACUUGACGCUCAGACGUUCGCUGACUGGGAGGUGGACAUGUUCAAAUACGAUGGCUGCUAUUCCAACGCUACAGAACAAGAGCAGGGUUAUCCCCUCAUGUCCAAAGCACUGAAUGCAACUGGUCGACCCAUUGGCUACUCCUGCAGUUGGCCAGCUUAUCAGGGUGGUUUGCCUCCCAAGGUGAACUACACGCAAUUGGGUGAGAUCUGCAACUUAUGGCGUAACUAUGGUGACAUUCAGGAUUCUUGGUCCAGUGUGUGGUCGAUUGUGGACUGGUUCUUUGAAAACCAGGAUGCUUUAAUACCUGCUGCAGGUCCUGGGAGGUGGAAUGACCCUGAUAUGCUGAUUAUUGGAGACUUUGGCCUCAGUAUGGAACAGUCUCGCUCGCAGAUGGCUUUGUGGGCGAUAAUGGCUGCUCCUUUGUUCAUGUCCAAUGACCUGCGUACCCUCAGCAGCGGCGCGAGGGUCAUCCUCCAGAACAAAAUGAUCAUUAGCAUCAACCAAGACCCACUGGGCAUCCAAGGAAGACGCAUCCUAAAGGAAAAGAGUGGCAUCCAAAUCUUCUGGCGACCUCUUUCCAAAAAUACCAGCGCCUUGCUAUUUUUCAGUCACCGCACUGACAUGCCUUAUCGCUACAAGACGUCGCUCAGUAAACUUAAUUACACUGCAGGAAGUUAUAAGGUCACUGAUGUCUACACAUACAAGACGCUGGAGCUGAAGGAUUCCACUGAGUUUGUGGUGUCUGUGAAUCCCACUGGUGUGGUCAUGUGGCACAUCUCUGCUCCUGCCAAACUCAACUCUCGCCUCUACUUCAGAGGGGCUCAGGCUGCAGCCUCUGGACGCGAUGUUGGAAAUGACAUACCAGUUUUACUCUAG